UAUCAGCUGUUUGAUAUUGUUUGUAAGUUAUUUUCAAAUCAUGAUUAGAAAUUUUAUUUCUUUCGUUCGACUUAAAAGUGAAAUUCCGUUUUAUUCAGAAGUUCCUGUUAAUUUUACUUUAACACGGCGCACGGUAGGGAAUAAUAAUAUGUCAGAUAAGUCUAAUUCUGGACCAAUUGAAAACGCUAUUCGUGAGGCUUUAACUGAUGGCCUCAAUCCAACUCAUUUAGAAGUUAUAAAUGAAUCAUACAUGCAUGGCGUUCCAAAAGGAAGUGAGUCACAUUUUAAAGUGCUUGUAGUAUCACAGAAAUUUGAAAAUACUCCCCUGAUCAAGCAACACAGGAUGGUAAAUGAUUUAGUUAUGGGAAAACUGAAAAGUGAUUUUGUUCAUGCAUUGUCGAUUGUUACCAAAACUCCAGCACAAUAUAAUCCAUCAUACGAAGUUGAGCCUAGUCCAAAUUGUCGAGGGGGUUUUGGCAAAUGAGUUAAAACUUUUAGAAUUGCGCUUUUAUAAGCUCUAGGAAGUAUUCAUAAUGCGAAAAAAAUAGUAUAAAAUUGAAACAAUGAUCAACAUUUUAUUAUUAAAUCAA